AUGCCUCGCUCCGUCCCCCAGUUUCGCUCCUCAUCACGCGGGGAAGGGGAUUAUAACGAUCCAGAAAUGGCCCCCACAACUCGCACAGCUCCUCCUUCCCCAACCGCCUACCGAAGAUCGCAAAGUUACCUCUCCGAACCGCAUACCGGCUACCAGUCUCUGGAGGCCCAGCUGGACAUCAACGAAACCACCAGCUUACUAGGAUCUGAAGCUCAGCGAAGAAUCCCUCGUCGCUCAUAUACCAGCGCCUCUGGUAUCUCCGGUCCCGACUCUCUACGAUAUUUACUCGCGACAGGCAGUCUACGCCGGACCCGGAAUCAUAGCAGAGCGAACUCACAGAGUCGACGGCUCAGUCGACGACCGAGUGUCACCGCGGAUGACCCGGAGGGCAGGCCGGCCAGUGUGCCGCCUUCCACCAAAGACGGCUUGACCGCUUCUUCCUUCCUCGACGAGCGGACUUGGUAUGAUCAAUUUACCUCCACUGAUUGGGUGCAUGACAGUAUCGCCGAUGGAGUACGUCUACGACAGCUUCGGCAGCGGAAGGAUAUUAGAGGGCGAUUGCUAGCAUGGUUUGACGGCGCACAAGGAUGGAUCCUCGUGGCGCUCAUUGGAUGCAUCACAGCUGCCAUAGCUUACUUCGUGGAUGUCACCGAGGACGCGAUCUUCGACAUGAAAUUUGGAUACUGCUCUUCGCAUCUAUUUUCUAGUCAUAGCGACUGCAGCCCAGGCCGCUGGCGAACGUGGUCACAACUAUUCAAAUCCUCUGCCGAUGACAAUGAACCAAUCGACUUCGUCAUGUUUGUUGCUUGGAGCGUAGGCCUCGCCGCUAUCGCCUGUGCUCUUACAUUGCUCACGAAGACGGUUGUUCCAUCAUCUAUCCACUUGACCACCCUGGAUGAGAAUCUUGGCGCGGAGUCGCGAGGCACCAAGCCAAACAAUGGCAGUGCCGGGACCGGAUCUCCUUCUGGCGUGGCCGAGGUGAAAGUCAUCAAUAGUGGCUUCGUGCUUCAUGGCUAUCUCGGCCUGAAGACUUUGAUUAUCAAGACGAUUGCCCUUAUCUUCAGUAUUUCAUCUGGUCUGAGCUUAGGCAAAGAAGGCCCGUAUGUUCACAUCGCCACUUGCGUGGGCAACAUUUGCUGUCGCCUAUUCGCAAAGUACAACCAAAAUGAUGGUAAAAGGCGAGAGGUUUUGAGUGCCAGUGCCGCCAGUGGCGUAGCAGUCGCUUUCGGCGCACCAAUCGGCGGCGUCCUCUUCAGUUUAGAAGAGGUCAGCUAUUAUUUUCCGCCAAAGACCCUAUUCAGAACGUUCUUUUGCUGCAUUGCGGCAGCCUUGUCCCUGAAGUUUCUUAACCCAUACGGCACCGGGAAGAUUGUCUUGUUUGAAGUUCGAUAUUUAUCAGACUGGGAGUUUUUUGAGGUUUUCAUCUUCAUCUUGCUCGGCAUUAUGGGUGGCGCACUAGGAGCACUUUUUAUCAAAGCGUCCAGUUUGUGGGCUCGGUCUUUCCGCCGCAUCCCUCUCAUCAAACGCUCUCCCAUGUUUGAGGUUUUGCUCGUCGCAUUGAUCACCGGUUUGAUUAGCUUCUGGAAUCGAUACACCAAGUUGCCGGUUACCGAACUUCUCUUUGAGCUCACAAGCCCUUGUACAGGAGAAUCGAGGUCACGCACCGGCCUAUGUCCUCAAGAAGACAAUAUCCUUGAAGUCGUGCAAUAUCUUCUCGGUGCCUUUGUGAUUAAGAGCUUCUUGACUGUAGUCACAUUUGGAAUCAAGGUCCCUGCCGGCAUCUACGUUCCCUCCAUGGUUGUGGGCGGCCUGAUGGGUCGCAUUGUUGGACAUGUGGUUCAAUACUGGGCAGCAAAGAAUCCAACCAUGUUUCUAUUCAACUCCUGCGACAUCAGUGGCAUGGAAUCAUGCGUUACCCCGGGUGUGUAUGCAUUGGUCGCCGCCGGAGCUACAAUGUGUGGCGUUACACGCCUGUCGGUAACCCUCGCCGUCAUUCUCUUCGAGCUCACGGGGAGUCUGGACCAUGUGCUCCCUUUCUCUCUGGCAAUCCUAUGCGCCAAGUGGACUGCUGAUGCCAUCGAGCCACGCAGUAUCUACGACUUCCUCACCGACAUGAACGCCUAUCCCUUCCUGGAUAGCAAGUUGCAACCGGUUUCCGACGCCGAGCUAGGAGAUAUCGUUCGGCCCGCUCGAAAGAAGCGUACCAUUGACAUCUCUGGCUCACCCUUCGUUCCAGCUUCAGAACUCCGCUCAAAACUCGAAGAUUUACUGAUGGCUGGCGAGCUGGACAGCGGUCUUCCCAUUCUACGGGACGGCGUCCUCACCGGGUUAAUCCCGGCACCGGACCUAGAAUACGCCCUCGACACUCUCGGCGCAGACGAAGAUCACACUAUCUGCCUAAUGUCGAUGGACUCUUCCAUCGCAAUUUAUGACAGCGAGAAUGAAGAUCUCCUGCAGGACGAUUUCACUCGUUAUAUUGACCCAUCUCCUAUCGCCCUUGACGUCCAUUCUCCUAUCGAUCUUGUCUACCAAUGCUUCGCCAAGCUUGGUCUCCGCUACCUCUGUGUCCUACAAAAUGGACAAUAUGUUGGUCUCGUGCAUAAGAAGUCUUUUGUGAAAUACAUGAAGACGAACGAAUAA